GAGACGUUGCUGGCUGUGCAGGCCAUCCCUCACCAAGCGUGGAUCAGCGGACGCACGCUGGGGCUAAUUGACAGCAGGUCAGGGGCGAGGCGCAAUGGCAAUUUGCUUCGUGAGCGAGCUUUGAACACUGAGGUAAAACGGUCCAUCAAGAAAGAUAGGGACCAAUGGCUCACAUCUCUGCUGGAAAAAGGGCCGUGGGACCAAGUCAAAGAUUUACAUAAAGGCGUACAUCACCGACAAGGGCGGCUAAAGAACAUGCUGGGUCGCUUUGUCAGCUCAGAAGACCAGGCAGAGACGCUGGCCGAGUACGUGGAGAAAGUCCAAUGGGCAGUGCGGCCUCUGGAGCCGGUUCUUGCCGACACCUGCCUGGGCCCGGAGCUCGACGUCGAUCUGCGCGACAUAUCCGAGAGUGAGGUCGUGAAAACGGCGGCAAGACUCGAGAUCCGCAGGGCAGCCGGGAGCGACGACCUGCCCCCAGCGGAAUUCUGGAAGCAAGCCAGCAGCAAUUGCCCGUUGUCCCCGUACCUUUUCAGCAUGGUCAUGACGGUCCUCAUUACCGACGCCAAGGAGCUCCUAAAAACAUCCGGAACGCAGCUUUCUACAAAGACGCAUGCCAAUGAUAUCCUAUAUGCAGAUGACACUCUUCUGAUCGACGUCGACACUGGCAACGUAGAGAAGUACAUCCACUGCGUGCGACGAGCGGGCAGCGUCUACGGUUUAAGUUUCAAUUGGAAGAAGCUGGAGCUCGUCUCCUCAACAGACGUCGCUAGCAUCACUGUGCCGACCGGCGACGAAAUCAAGUCCAAAAGCAAAAUUGUUUACCUGGGCUGCGCGAUCACGUCGGACGGGACGUCUGGCUCGGAGCUCAAUCGCCGAAUUGGAGCCGCACGAGAAGAAUUCGAAACACUACGCCGCGUCUGGUCCCACUCCGGAAUAUCUCGCGCUAGAAAAUUGGAGAUAUUCAACGCCUGCGUUGUCAGUAAAGUCUUGUACAGCCUGCAUUCGCUGUGGCUGUCCAAGGCGGAAAUCCGGAAGAUCGACGGGUUUCAGAACAGCAAGCCGGUGUUCAACCUAUGA